GGCCCCGAGGCCGAGCCCUACAUGCAUUUCCUGAGGAAUCACCCCUGCUACGCCGCUGUCCCCACCAGCUCCAAGCUGCUGGUGUUCGACACCACGCUGCAGAUGAAGAAGGCCUUCCUGGCGCUGGUGGCCAAUGGGGUGCGGGCCGCCCCCCUCUGGGACAGCCGGCAGCAGUGCUUUGUGGGGAUGCUGACCAUCACGGACUUCAUCAACAUCCUGCACCGCUACUACCGGUCCCCGCUGGUGCAGAUCUACGAGCUGGAGGAGCAUCAAAUCGAGACCUGGCGAGAGGUUUAUCUGCAAGGCUCCCUGAAGCCCCUGGUCUCCAUCUCCCCCGAUGACAGCCUCUUCGACGCCGUCUACCAGCUGAUCAAGAACCGGAUCCACCGGCUGCCGGUGAUGGAGCCCGUGUCCGGGAACGUCCUGCACAUCCUGACGCACAAGCGCAUCCUCAAGUUCCUGCACAUCUUCGGGGCCAUGCUGCCCAGGCCGCGGUUCUUGCAGAGAACCAUCCAGGAGCUGGGCGUGGGCACCUUCCGGGACGUGGCCAAGGUGCUGGAGACGGCGCCCGUCUACAUGGCCCUGGAGACCUUCGUCGACCGCCGGGUGUCGGCGCUGCCCGUCACAAACGAAGCCGGGGAGGUCGUGGGCCUGUACUCCAGGUUCGACGUGAUCCACCUGGCUGCCCAGAAAACCUACAACAACCUGGACAUCAGCGUGCGGGAGGCGCUGCGGCGGCGAACGCUCUGCCUGGAGGGGGUGCUCACCUGCCACCCCCACGAGACCAUGGGCGACGUCAUCGACCGCAUCGUGCAGGAGCAGGUCCAUCGCCUGGUUCUGGUGGACGAGAAGAACGCGCUGCGGGGGAUCGUCUCCCUCUCCGACAUCCUGCAGGCCCUGGUCCUCUCGCCCGCAGGUAUCGAUGCUCUUAACUCUUAAGCCCGC